UCUGAGCCAAUUGCAAUCGUGGGCGGUGGUGCUUGGGGUCUUUCUACCGCUCUCCAUCUUCAUCAAACCGGACACACCAACAUCACUGUCUUUGAGACCGCUGACUCUAUCCCGUCUCGCUAUUCUGCGGCCUAUGAUAUCAACAAAAUUCAAGCCAUUGAAGCCUGGAAAGACCCUUUGUUCGGUCCAUACUAUCACGAGACUGGAUACAUUGUAGCGACCUCUGGGUCUGCUCCUCCAAAGGCGAAGAAGAGUCUGGAAACUGCACUUGCGUCUGUCUCCAGGCAUCCAGUCUUCGCCCCUGGGAUCGAAGCGUUAGACGGUGCCGAUGAGUUCAAGAAAUAUGCCUGGCAGAUCACAGGGCCGCUAAAGGGGUUCACUGGAUACUUUAAUCGCUUGGCUGGCUACGCUCAUUCUGCGAACGCUCUGAAGGGCAUCUUCCUCCACUGUGCGACUCUUGGAAUCAAAUUUGUGCUUGGUAGAACAGCUGGUACCGUUACGAGACUCGUCUAUGAAGGCCAAGGCAUCGAUCGCAGUUGCACCGGUGUACGGACAGCAGAUGGCAUCACACAUCCCGCUGCGAGAACAAUAGUAGCAUCUGGAGCCUAUGGAGCCUCGCUGGUCCCAGAAAUAGGCCGUUUCGUCACUGCCCGCAGUUGGUCUGUCGCUCACGUCCAGCUCACAGAGCAAGAAUGCGAUUACCUGCGUGGCCUACCCGUCAUCAAUGUCCGCGACCUUGGUUUCUUCUUCGAACCCGAUCCCGCUACAAGGUUAUUCAAAUUAUGUCCUUUGGGUGCUGGGUUUAGCAACACGGAUAAGCAGGGCACUUCUCUCCCACCCAUGGAUAGGAUACCACCACCUCAAGACUUUAUACCCGCAGAAGACGAAAUCAAGUUGAGAAGAUUGCUGGCAGAGACUUUUCCAUGGAUGGCGGAUCGACCGUUUGUUGACAAGAAGUUGUGCUGGUUUGCUGAUACCAGUGAUUCCGAGUAUUGUAUUGAUUUCUUGCCGGGUACCAACAACUCUGUCAUUGUGUUGACUGGUGAUUCUGGUCAUGGGUUCAAGAUGAUGCCAAUCUUUGGCAAGUGGGUGGUUGAGUUGUUGGAGGAUGGGAAACAGAAUAUAGAUAGAUGGUGCUGGAAGACCAAGGAUGAAAGGGGCAAGGAUUGGGGCGAUGGCGUUAGUUGGCGUAUAGGGAAGUCGAGAGAGUUGAAGAGUUUGAUUGAUGAAGCGAGAAGGGGGAGCUUACAGGCUCGUCUGUAG